GCUGGCCCACCACAUGGAUUUAAAAAUGGUAGCAUUUGAAUAGUCGUACGAGGAAGGAGAAAAAAACAAAAGCCAACUUGGCGUAGAUGAAGUGGGCUUAGAGACAACUUACUGUGUGUGAGCCAAAAAGUUGCGCAGUAUUUGAAUGAUCCAAAUUAUCCACGUUGAUGAUUCGACAAGAAUUGCCAGAGACGUCGCUGCAGCAUCACAUGGCACCGAUGAAAAAAGUGAAAUCCAUGUAAUACCGUUAUGACUUCCACCAUGGCUGUGGACUGGCAACAUGAUUGGGCAGGUAAUCAACAGUACAUUUGGUAUUUGUACAGUACAGAACCUUGAAAGUUGAAACCCAACACAAGUAUGUCCUUGAACAGUUGACUACAAUGUGUUUAGGCUCUUGGGAUUGAAGUUUGGUGGUUGUGCCAAAGCCAAGUGCUACAACGACUGGAUACAUGCUUUUCUUUUCUUACGUCUCACUCAUCUGCUAUAUCAUGAAAAAGACGGACAGUGAAUGUACAAAAAAAAAAAGAAGGGGGACGAAUAGCAUGUUUUUUUAAAUGUGAGAGAAAGUUGGCUUGUGGCGCUUCAUACCUUCCCAGUCUCCACCAACUCGUGUGGUUGCGUUUUCAGUGCCUCAUCACUUCUUGACUCGAUCAUACUUCCUGUGCGAUAAAUUGUCUGGCUGACUCAACUCUUCUUUCUCCUGUCCAUCACAACCAGAAGAGGUCACUGAUGAUAAUAUAACGAUCCUAUAAUUUCAUGGAAUGAAGAAAUAUUGAUAGCUGUGGGAAAAUAGGCCUCGAGUUUUUCAAGCGCAGGAAAGAGCCUUUAUUUGCAGUAAUGAGGAUGAGAUCCUUGCUGAUGGUCGUUGCUUUGGUGACUUGUUCUUUUGUCCUACUCGCUGUUGGAGAGAUCACUGAUCCAUCAGAAGUACUUGCCCUGGGAGCAGUCCUCCGUAGUAUCAAGGAUCCACGGAGGUUUCUCAAAAAUUGGAAGAGAGGCGAUCCAUGUGAAUCAAAAUGGAAGGGGGUGUUCUGCGUAAAUCCGGGUGAUGGCUACAGCCACGUUAGAGAAUUGCGGCUUUUAAAUAUGAAUCUCUCUGGAACAUUGGCUCCAGAACUUGGUCAACUGUCUUAUACAACUAUAUUGGAUUUUAUGUGGAACAACAUAAGUGGCAGCAUACCAAAGGAGAUAGGCAAUAUGAACUGGUUACAACUUCUGCUUUUGAGUGGAAACCAAAUUUCAGGUCCUUUACCAGAUGAACUCGGGUAUCUCCCUAACAUAACAAAGUUUCAAUUGGAUCUUAACAAUAUAUCAGGACCUCUGCCCAAAUCAUUCGCAAAUUUGUCCACGAUCAAGCACUUUCAUAUGAACAACAAUUCAAUCAGUGGUCAGAUCCCGCCGGAACUUUCUGCUUUACCUCAGCUUAUUCACUUCUUGUUGGACAAUAACAACUUAUCAGGGUAUCUUCCACCAGAACUUGCUGCAAUGAAAAACUUGAUGAUACUCCAACUUGAUAACAACAACUUCGAGGGGACUGAGAUUCCAGAUUCUUAUGCUAACAUGUCAAAACUGGUGAAACUGAGUCUCAGGAAUUGCAAACUGCAAGGACCUGUUCCUGAUUUUAGCAGUAUACCAGGCCUUCUUUACUUGGAUCUGAGUUCUAAUCAACUUACCGGAAGCAUACCAGAAAAUAAACUUUUGAGAAAUAUCACAACUAUUGAUCUGUCAAACAAUCUGCUUAAUGGUUCAAUCCCCUCGAGUUUUUCAGGGCUUCCUCUUCUCCAGAGACUGUCCCUUGAGAACAAUUUCUUGAUCGGUGAUGUUCCCUCUGCCAUUUGGCAAAAUAUGACUUUUAGUGAAAAUGCAACACUUACACUGGACUUCCGGAAUAAUUCACUUUCAAAUGUUGCUGGCUCUUUAAAUCCUCCUUCAAAUGUUUUGAUAAUGCUUCAAGGCAAUCCUGCAUGUCGAAGAGCAGGUGAACUAAACAUUGGGCAGUUCUGUGGGCCUGCUGCAACUCCAGAUACUGAGGCUCCUGGAAGCUCCAAUAAUCCCAACAUGAACUGCCUACCUCAGUCUUGUCCUAUUAGCGAUAACUUUGAAUAUGUUCCAGCAUCUCCAGUUGACUGCUUCUGUGCUGCACCUUUUGGAAUUGGAUUACGUUUGAGAAGUCCUAGCAUAUCACAUUUUCCGCCCUACAUUGAUGAUUUUAUGAAGUACAUAACUUCCAACCUUCAAUUGUUUCCUUAUCAACUAGCCAUUGAUUCAUAUUCAUGGGAAAAUGGUCCACGGCUAAGGAUGUUUUUAAAAAUCUUCCCACCAUACAGCAAUACUAGCCAUCUAUUUAAUGAUAGUGAGAUACAGAGGAUCAGCACUUACAUGGCUACAUUUUUACUUCCCAGAAAUGAUACCUUUGGCCCAUAUGACCUUCUCAAUUUUACAUUCCUCGGUCCUUAUGAAAAGUUUGAUCUUGAGCCACUUAAAUCUGCUGGUUUGAGCAAAGGUGCUCUGAUUGGAAUUGUGAUUGGCUCAUUCUCUGGCGGAGUUGCAAUUUUUUUGGUCAUUGCAGUUUUAUUCCGCAAAAGUCAUGCCAGACACCAAAAUAAAACUUCCAGAAAGCAAAAAUUUUCAAAAAUUCCAUUCAGAACUGGAAAUAUAAAAGAAUUUGAUUUCAAGGAACUUGAAUUGGCGACUGGAAAUUUCAGCAUCACAACUCAAAUUGGGCAAGGAGGGUAUGGAAAGGUUUACAGAGGCACUGUCGCUGAUGGCACUGUAGUGGCAAUCAAGCGAGCACAACAAUUAUCCUUGCAUGGUCAAAAAGAGUUUUUCACUGAGAUAGAAUUCUUAUCACGGUUACAUCACCGUAAUUUGGUUUCGUUGGUUGGAUAUUGUCAUGAAGAAGAUGAGCAGAUGCUAGUCUACGAGUUUAUGCCAAAUGGUUCUCUUCAUGACAUCCUCUCUGGUAGAUUCAAAAAGACAUUGAAUUUUGCCAUGAGAUUGCACAUUGCUAUGGGUUCAGCCAAGGGUAUUCUCUACCUUCACACCGAAGCUGAUCCGCCAAUAAUUCACCGAGAUAUAAAGGCAACCAACAUAUUGUUGGAUCUCAAAUUCAAUGCAAAAGUUUCCGAUUUUGGAAUCUCAAGGCUUUCACCAGUACAAGAUACUCUAGGAGCUUCAGCUCAGAUUUCCACAGCUGUAAAAGGCACACCAGGGUAUGUGGAUCCAGAAUACUUCUUGAGUCACAAGCUAACACAAAAGAGUGACGUUUAUAGCCUUGGCGUAGUUUUUCUUGAACUUUUGACUGGCAUGAAGCCAAUAUCUCAUGGUAGAAACCUUGUUCGAGAGGUGUGCACAGCAUGCCAAUCCGGAAUGAUGUUCUCCAUCAUAGACGGAAACAUGGGACCCUACCCUUCUGAAUGUGUCAAGAAAUUCAUGGCACUGGCACUCAAAUGCUGUGAAGACGAGACAGACGCCCGGCCGUCUAUGCUGGAGGCGGUGAGAGAGUUGGAGAAUAUAUCCUCCAUGUUACCGGAAUCUGAUACAAUUCCUUCGGACUCGGAUACCACCACGUCUGGUACUGCAGAUUUGGCUCCACUGUCUAUCCAUUCCAGAGGAAGUUCUGCAUAUGGAACCAAUGAUUUCCUUGGAAGUAAUCUUGUUAGUGGUGUCAUCCCCACCAUUAGGCCUCGCUGAUAUCCCAUCACCUCCCAUCUGAUUUUCUCGUGUGCUAGUAUGGUUUGAGAGUCUGCUUGUAGUACCUUUUUUAUGGCUUUCAAUGUACAAAGAUAAAUCAAUUUCUGCAGUGAUGGUUAUGGUUAGAGUUUGGGUCAUGGGUCCGUACAGAUCUACUUUCCUGGUCUGUCUCCAUAGUAUUUGGGCCCAGAAAACACGUUUGUUGUGUGGGAAGUGCUUGGACUUUGCUUAUAUAUCACUCGGUUUUGUUAUGUCAAUCCGAUGUGGGAUUAUAAAUCUUGACACUCCCCUACACUUAUGGGGUUAGGCUUGCGAGGCUCAAUAAACGAACACAGGUAGAGACCAUGUCCAAA